AUGGCGGAGCUUAAUGGGACACGGCGUGAUGGCUUCCAGACCCCCUCCCUGAACGGUGCCGCCUUGGCGCCCAGCCUCAUCUUCCUCCGCCUGGGCCUGGCAGGCCUGCCCCAGCUUCUUCAUCUGGCUCACCCCGACAUAGCCAUAGAACUCACCUGCAUCCCCUCCGAGCUCUCCAAGCUGGGUCUGGGGAUUGACAUGGAGGUGGAGUUGUGGAUUCUUCAGCUGCCUGUGGCUUACAGGGAGGCAAAGCAGAGGGUCACCAGAAUCUGGGAAGAUCUUCAACCGCAAUGACAGCCAGAGAGGCAGCAGCUCGCCAUGCAUGUGGGUGUGGAUGCCUCCACCAAGGCGGUCUUUCUGGAACAAUGUGGCAAGAAUCGAGGCUACUGGGACACCGACAUCCAGGGCUUCUGGCCAGAGGGUGGCAUGUGCCUACCUGGUGGCCCGGAAGUGAUCGUAUCAAGCGUCAGCGUGAAGGCUGUGUGCAAGCGCGUCGCCAUCGAGGAUGUCGAGGUGGCCUUUUCCCAAGAUGUGGGCAGAUACGUCUGUGAUUACACUUGCUACCUGUCUCUGCAUCACGGAAAUGGGUGCGCUGCACUCAUCCAUGUCCCUCAAAUAUCGCAUUGGCUCCCGGCCAGCCUGCUAGGAAAAGCCUUGCAAGUCAUCAUCCAGGAAAUGCUGGAGGAGGUGGGAAAGCCCAAACUCAAAGCCUGGUUUGCAGAAAACUCAACCACAGUGAUUCCAGCCAAAGGGAACCAAUUGGGGGAUUGCUCCUUUAGGGAAAAUUAA